AUGCUCCGCAUCCCCGUCUCAAAAACGAUGACGAGACUGUGCUGUGUUGCGGCUCCGGAGUCGGUCUUUUCAGAAGAUGCAGACAGGGAUGGACCCCCGGAGCUCUCGGUUGACCGAUCAACCUUACUGCUCGCCACGACAGAGCUCAAGAAACCCACCGAAAGAUGCGAGCAUGCUCUUGAAGAAUCAACAACUUAUUCUGCAGCCCUACACAAGAUGCGUCAUGAUGCAAGCGCAAAUGGCGUACUGGUCAAGGUUCGCGCCGUAGCGUUGAGCCCAGUCGAUGUCAAGAUACCUCCUGUAAUUGCAAAAGAGGGCCUCGUUGCUGGCAAUGAUUUCGCUGGCGAGAUUGCUGAGAUCAGCAACGAGGUGCAUUUGAUCAAUCGUCUAGGUAUUGGGCUGCAGUCCGAAGAAGCCAACGAGUGGACCGAUUUGACCGAGGCCGAUCCGGUCAAGAUGACUAGAUUACCUGAUCACUGGGGCUGGAAAGAAGGAGCGGCUCGUGGGGGAUGCUGUGUUGGCGCUGUCGGUCUAGCAUUGUUUCGGAAUUUGAACCUCGAGCUUCCCGCAGUGGGCAGAGCGAUGGCAGAGGGCACAGCGGCAGCAGAAAAGCGUGGCGUGGUACUAGUCUAUGGCGGCAGCACGGCAUGUGGCACCACAGCUCUGCAGCUCUUGAAAUUAACCGGGCACCCUGCCAUUGCGAUCUGUUCGCCCCACAAUUUGGAGCUCGCGAAACAUUACGCCGCCACGCAAAACUUUGAUUAUCGUUCUCCCGAAUGCGUGAAAAUAAUUGAAACAUACACAAAACGCGCACUAACGGCCGUGAAGGGGAGCUGGGCCGUUGGGCCGUCUGCUUCAGGCGAGGAGGUAGAUCUUGCAGGCGACUUGACGUUUCCGCCCGAUGCAGAGGCUCGGUCACUGGCGUCGGAGGUGUUCGCACAGGUGGAGCUUCGGGCUAAGAAAGACCUGCUCAAACACCAUCCUAUUGGUGCCCUGGAAGUGGGAAACAACUGGAUGAUCACAGUUCUGGAAGGAUCCCAGAAGCUGCAAACACGUGAAGUUAGUCGCCAGAAGCUUGUUGUCCAAACAGCGGCACAGAUAAUCCUGCGCGAAGUCCUCGAGUAUGCGCGCAGUCUAAUGUUGAUUUGGAGCUUGAUAGUGAACUCGGCGCGGUGA